GUAGCUCUCAACAAUGUGAUCCAAUUUGGUAUACUAAUAGACCCCACUAAAUCCAUUUGGACAAGGAUAUUUAGUGAAAAUCCACUCUAUCGGCCAACGUUUCUCCUAUUAUUAGGAAUCAAUGUCUUCAUAUCCAUAGCCUUAUCAAUAGAGAGACGUGCAGCCAAUAAACAAAUAAGUGGCAAAAAGGCCAACUUUCUCAUAAUCGCCAACAUUUUCCUCCUUUUAAUAACUCCAAUAAUAGUAAACAUAUUAUUUGAAUGCAAUUUACUAUUGUCUUCAUUUGUUUGCGGCAUUUAUUCCAUAAUAAUUCUUAAGCUAAUAUCGUAUCAUAAUGUUAACAAUUGGUGCAGAACUUCAACCAGAUAUGGAAAACCUAUUUCUAGUUUUAGUAAAGUUAGAGAAGAGUAUAUCAGAGCACAGAAUAACAGUAAUUUGGUUAAAUAUCCAAAUAAUCUGGAUGUUGGAGAUCUAUAUUAUUUUCUGUUUGCACCGACACUUUGCUAUCAAAUUAAUUUCCCUCAAACCCCACGAAUUAGGAAAAGAUUUGUAUUGAAACGACUCGUAGAAAGUAUAACCCUUAUACUAAUAAUAACCGGGUUAAUACAACAAUGGAUUAUACCUGCUGUUGAGAACUCAUUGGAGCCCUUCAAGGACAUGGAGUACUCCAAAAUUAUUUCACGAUUAUUACUAUUAGCGGUGCCCAACCAUAUAGUUUGGCUCAUAUUUUUCUACACAAUUUUCCAUUCAUUUAUGAAUCUGAUGGCAGAAAUUCUGCGAUUUGGAGACAGGGAUUUCUAUAGGGACUGGUGGAAUUCUGAUAGUGUGGAUCAAUUUUGGCAGAAGUGGAAUAUACCGGUGCAUAAAUGGUGUGUCCGUCAUAUAUAUAAGCCUCUGGUCUAUAGAGGCUAUUCUCGAUUCACGGCCUCAAGUGUUGUGUUUAUAGUGUCG